AGUACCCUGGACACGGCCCGGUGCGGUGCGACCCCCCUCACAGCGCUAACACGCCAGCACACAUCUUUGCGGAUAGCACCCGUUGGAAAGAAAAGAAGAAGACCAUCACCGAGUUUUGCCCCACCAUGGCCGCCACCGUAUCUCACACCUUCCUUGUUGCCUUGGCGGCGCUGUACCUCUUCUGGGGUACUGCGCAGACUCUCAGUCUCAAGUGGGCCGAUAGCAUCGACGUCUCGGACGGUUUCGCAGGACCUGUAGACAACGGCCCCGUCAACGGCGGCAGCGAUGUGGUGAUGUUUCGGCUUCUCUACUCCUUCGCCCACCCCUUCACGCAGGCCUUUUUCAUGUUCUGCGCAGAGUCGUGCUGCUUUGUGGUGUUUGUCGCGAUGCUGGCCUGGAAGAAGUACGUGGCACCUCGUGUGAGUAGUGGUGCGAGCAGCGACGGCAGCCCCGCGGCGACCGGUACGCUGACGGCUGGCGAGGACUACGCACUGCCCUGCAACCCCUGCGUGUGGCUGCUGCCCUCCGGUGCCGAUUUCUUGGCCAGCAUCAUUCAAAACGUUGGCAUGACGCUCACCUACGCCUCUGUUUAUCAGAUGCUGCGUGGCGCGACGGUGGUGUGGAUCGCAAUCAUCUCCUACUUUUGGCUGGGCCGCCGCUUUACGAAGGUGGAGGUGUGGGGCAUGGGCUUCGUCGUGGUCGGUCUCUCCUUUGUGGGCCUCAGCAGCGUCCUCUCCGGCAAAGCCGCCUCCGCGGAAAACGACCGGCACUCGAACAUGAUGCUGGGCAACCUGCUCAUCAUCUCCGCACAGGUCCUCCACGCCUACCAAGGCGUGUGCGAGGAGCGCCUGGUGCACUUGUAUAAAAUCCCUCCGCUUCAGAUGGUGGGCACCGAGGGCGUCUACGGCAUUGGCAUGACGCUGACACUCCUAGCGUUUCUGCAGUUGAUUCCCACGGCCACCUGCGGGCACAACCUUGUUGCGGUGGAGGAGUUCUCCGGUGCGACGGGGGUCCGCGCCGUCUACACCAACGUGACAUGGGUGCAGCAGCUGCAGCCCGCGCUGAAGGUGCCGUACGACGACGUUGUGCUCGCCUUCGCGCAGGUGCGAGAGUCGUGGCUGUGCUGGCUGUUCAUCCUCAUCUACGUCCCUGCCGGCUUCUUUUACAACGCGUGUCAGAUGAACAUCAUCAAGUACGUUUCGGCUGCGGCCACCGUCAUGCUCGGCUCGCUGCGCAACGUCACGGUGUGGCUUGUGUGUCUGAUGAUCCCCUCCAUCUUUGGGGAGCACUUCAACGUGGUGCAGUUCUUCGGCUUCUUGCUGCUCGUCUUUGGCAACGUGCUCUUUCAGCGCGUGUGGAUCACCCACUUUGACCAAGUCCUUCCCGCACACAUUGUCGAGGGCUGGCCGGCACUCUUCCAGGACCGCGCGAAGGAGCGUCGUGAGGAGCAGCUGGAGGACGCCUCGCCGGUGGUGGAGAUGGCGGAGCGAGCGAAGGACUCCGCGUCUGCGCCGCCCGACGUUCGCCAGCAUUCGAAAGCAACGUAA